UAAACCAGAUACGAUAGUUGAAUGGAUUCCAUAUAAUAAUUUGCAAAAUAUCAGGUAUCUAACAAAAGGUGGAUUUUCUGAAAUCUAUACAGCAGUUUGGAUUGAUGGAAAAUAUGAAGAAUGGGAUUCUAAAAAAAAACAAUUAAUAAGAUUUGGAGAUCAAGAUGUAAUACUUAAAAGUUUAGAAAAUGUUGAAAGUGCAAAUCAAAGUUGGUUUGAAGAGGCUAAAUCACAUUUAACUAUAAGUAAUAAAUAUCCAGAAAUUGUCCAAUGUUAUGGUAUAACACAAAAAAUAUAAAAUGGAAAUUAUAUGCUUGUGAUGGAUAAAAUGAAUAUAAAUUUAAGAGAAUAUUUGCAACAAAAUCAUAAUAAGCUUACAUGGAAACAAAAAAUCAAUAUAACUUUUGAAAUAGUUAGGGCACUUUAUUUUAUUCAUUUUGAGAAUUCAAUUCAUAGAGAUUUACAUUCAGGAAAUAUAUUGUAUUCACAACUUAAUAGUUGUUGGCAAAUUAGUGAUCUUGGAUUUUGUGGACCUGCUGAUAAAUCAUCAAAAUGUAUAUAUGGAAAUCUUCCUUACAUAGCACCUGAAAUUAUUAAUGGAAAAGAAUAUACUUUUAAAUCUGAUAUUUAUAGUAUUGCAAUGCUUAUGUGGGAAAUUGCAUCACAAAAACCACCAUUUAUUAAUCAUAAACAUGAUUACAAUCUUGCAAUGAAUAUUAUUAAUGGUAUUAGACCAAGAAUAGUAUCAGGAACUCCUGUUGAAUAUAAAAAUUUAAUAGAAGAAUGUUGGGAUGCUAAUCCAUCAAAAAGACCUGAUACCAAGACACUUGCAUUUAAAAUACAAGAAAUGAACUUAUAUUAUCAAAGUAUGACAGAUGAAUCAGAAAUACAUAAUAAUCUAGAAUUUAAUGAAGCAAAUAAUUUAGUAAAUAGUACAAAUAACAUAUUAUUUACAAGUAAAAUUCAUCAAUUUGAAAAUCUACCUGAAUCAAGAAAUGCAACAGAAGAGGAGCUAGAAGCAUUUCAUAGUAAAUCAUAUGAUUUUAGUAUUCCCGCUAAUAUUAAUGAUUUUAAUAAUAAAUCAAGUAAUCAGAAUAAUAGUAGAACAUCAAAAAUAAAUAGCUUUUUUAAAGCCAAUAGUAAAAAAUUAUCCAAAAUAUUUAAAAAGCUACAAGUAAAAGAUGUGCAACAAACAAAAGGUCCAAAUGUUAAUUUUAAUGAUGAUGAAGAUGAAGUAUACAAUAACCCAAAUCUUCAUUCUGAAGAACAAGAUGAAUUGGAAAUUCCUAAUGAUAUUUAGAUACAAUGUUACCAUCUCUUAUUACAACUAUUUUUUUUUCUAUCAUUGUUAAUGAUUUAUAUUUUUUUUAUAUUUUUAAAAAUUAUUUAAACACUACUAAGAUUAGAGUAAUAAGAUUUCUUACAAAUUUCUUAGUUUGUAAUUUAAAUAAUUCAUAUGCGUAAAAUUAC